AUGACUGAAGUAUCAGAAAAUUAUAUAUUUUAGAAAUAGAUAUAAAUUCAAAUCAACAGCUCAUUUUUAUAAUAAUUUCAUUUAACUCAAAAUCACAUCUAAUGGUUAAAGCAAUAUAUUGAUUAUUCAAAUCUAACGAUUUUUGGAAUUCUUAAAUCAUACUUUAAUUUUUCUCAUGAAUAUGAAUUAGGAUAGGAUGGUGUCUCUCUAAUAACAUUCCAAAAAUAAAAAGGAUUUGUGACUUAACUUUUAGGUACACAAAACUAAGAAGUUAAGGCUAUUUUACCUAAAAUAGAAAACCUAUUAGUCUAAUUUAUACUUAACAGUUAUUAUCAUUUGCUGAUGUAAGGUAUCAGCUUAGAUAAAACUACUUUUUCUCAAAAGACCUGCCAUCCAAAAGUUGGCAACAGUAAUCAAUCAAUUAUUAUUGGGCCAACUUAUGACAGGUUUAAUCAAUAAGCUAUUGAAUUUGAAAAAUGA